AUGUCGUUGAAACAGGAAAUCGAGACCUGGGUAGCAGCCCUAGGUCGUUACGACAACAAUGAAUUCGAAGAGGCCCUCAACGAGUUUGGAAAGAUUGGCGACACAAGCAAGAUUCUGUUCAACAUGGGUGUUAUCCAUGCCACACUUGGAGAGCACGAGAAAGCUGUUGAGAGUUACCAGCGAGCAAUUCGGCUAGACCAAUACCUCGCCGUUGCCUAUUUCCAACAAGGCGUUUCGAAUUUCCUUCUCGGCGACUUUGAAGAAGCUCUCGCCAACUUCAACGACACUCUCCUAUAUCUUCGUGGCAACGCUAUGAUCGACUACGCUCAACUGGGUCUCCUGUUCAAGCUCUACUCAUGCGAGGUGCUUUUCAACCGAGGUCUUUGCUACAUCUAUCUGCAACAGAUGGAUGCUGGAAUGCAAGAUUUCUCGUAUGCCGUUAAGGAGAAGGUGGUCGAAGAUCAUAACGUCAUCGACGAUGCUAUUAACGAACAGGCAGAGGGCUAUACCGUCUUCUCUAUCCCUGUAGGAGUUGUCUACAGACCCAACGAAGCUAAAGUUCGAAACCUCAAGACGAAGGAUUACCUUGGCAAGGCUAGACUUGUCGCUGCUUCAGACCGUGCCAAUGCCUUUACCGGCUUUGCUGGCUCUGAGAUUAAGAAUGCCGGCAAGUUAGAAGUCAAGGACGACCGUCCUGCUGACAAUAUCUCCUUUGCUGCCACAAAUCUCGUCAAGCCUGGCCUGUCAUCUCGGAGACAACAAUCAGAACCUCCCAACGGCCGAAAUGUGUUCCCGCCAACACCUCCACCGGAGAAUGAGCGCCCCUCACGAGCGGCUUCCGUGCGCAAUCAAAAGCCUCAGUUGGCUAAACUCAACAUCCAGCAAGCCGAGCCAAACCGGCGGUACGAGAAAGCAGCCUCACCGGCUGAUGCCCGAAGGCCCAUGCCGAGGUCAGCGUCGACUACUCGCACGCCGCUGCAAAGGGAGCCCCCGCCACUACAGUUGAGGCCUAAGCAGAUUCCAGAGGAGACAGGAUCACCAGAAGAUGUAUACGCAAUGUAUUCGGCAACUGAUGGCUAUCGAAACUCAAGAGGCUCGGCUGGCAGCAGACGACUAAGACCCCAGCAAUAUUCCGAAGAGGAAGAUGCCUCAGACUAUGAGGGCACCAUCAACGAGAACGAUUUCGAGAUGAUCGGCCAACGUCGAGGCCCCGGUUCUGUUUCCGGCUCAAGAAACAGCCGUCGAACUGAGGUCACAAAGAUUCGAGUCAAAGUCCACGCUGAUGAGGUCAAGCUCAUCAUGAUUACACCCGACACGCGGUUUGAAACAUUAAGUGACAAGGUCCGUGACAAGUUCAACAUCAAACGCCGUUUCAAGAUCAAGGUCAAGGACGACGACAUGCCCAACGGAGACAUGAUCACAGUUGGCGACCAAGACGACCUAGAAAUGGUCAUCGAUAGUGUCAAGGACGAAGCAAGAAAACAACGGACAGAGACAGGAAAGAUGGAGAUUUGGAUCCUUCAACUUUAG